UUCAUGUGCAAGCCAUCUUGAGUCGCAUUCAGAAAAACAUGGGAUAGUAAAUAGUAAAUAAAUAAGUAAAUAAAACUCCCUGAACUGAUGAGAUAAAUGGUGCCAAGUGAGUCAAAACUAUAAGAUGAAACUGGGAACCAGUAAAAUUUAAAGAAUGGUGACUAUUAAUGUAAAAUGCACUGUAUAUGUGAGGGGCCAAUGUAUAUACUUGGGGCUGAAAGACAGAUAAUUUCUUAAAAGAAAACACAGUAACUUCUGGUAUGCCUUCUGGGUAAUAGUUUAAUGACAUUUAGUGACAUUUCUGUUCAGAAAGGGCUAAGCCACUGGAGAACAAGGGACUACACAGCCUGCAGUUGUCUUGCCCAACCUGAGUGUCACUGUAACAGCUGAAUGUUCUUCUUUUCUUCCAAUGUUCUCUUUGUGCCCAUGAAGACUCUGUGGCAGCAACAGAAGGCAGAGGAUGAGCCAAUACAAUUUCUAAAAUGGAUGAAGGGUUAAACAAAGAAGCCCCUGCCUACACAUUCCAAAAUUCUUCUGAAGCACUACUUUCUAUUCAGCGAUUAGAUUUUAAAACAAGUUUUCUGGAGGCAGUAGAAGAACUGCGCAUGAGAAGGGAUGCAGAAGUUCAUUAUGAGGAACAAAUUAGCAAGUUUGUGGUUGAAAAACAGGAACUUGAAUGGCAAAAGGAAGCUCUUCAACACCAGAAAGAAGCAUUAAACAAGCAGCAUACAGAAGCCAUGGCAGCUAUUAAAAAACAGUUUCAAGCAAGAAUGCUUGCUUUGGAAGAAGAAAAGUGCAAAUAUCUGCUUGCUGAGGAAUCAAAAGAAAGAGAAAUGGAAGGACUGAAGGAAGCUUUAAAAAAAUUACAGGUUUCAAAAUACACUUUACAGAAGAAGCUUAAUGAAAUGGAACAAAAGCUGCAAUUGAACAUGUUAGCAAAAGAAGACCAUCAGAAGAGUCUGAAUGAAUUUGAAAAAUGCCAUGCAGUUAUCACAGGUCAAUUUGGAAUAAUAAACAGCAAUCAUGAGAGAUUAGAGCAGAAUGUUAUGGAAGCAACUCAACUCAAUAAGAGAUUGACAUCGAUAAACAAAAGACAAGAGUCUGAGAUAAAUGAUCUGAAAGAGGAACUAAAGAAGGUUACUGCAGACUUGAUAAAGUCCAAUGUCAAUUGUCAGCACAGAGUCGGAGAAGAGUAUCUCAGUCUUACAGCAAAGGAGCAGGAAUUACAAGAGCUAGGGAAAAGGCAUUCCAUGGAGAAAGAGUUAAAUACAACAUUAACUGAAGAAAAUACACAUCUUAAGGAAGAAAAGCAGGAGAUUAUUGCAUCACUACAACAUAUGCAGCAAUUACUCAGCAGACAGACAGAAGUAAAUGGAAAAAUGGAGCUGGAGCUGAAUAAACUGAAAAAAAAAUGCCAGAUCCUUGAAAGAGAUAAUGAGCUGCAAAGGGAGAAGGCAAAAGAAAAUGAACAAAAGUUCCUUAAUCUUCAGAAUGAAUAUGAGAAGAGAAAAGCCACUUGGAAAAAUGAGACUGAAGAUAUAUGCAAUGAAAAUCAAAUGCAUACAAGCCACGAAGAAAACAAAUAUACACAGGAAACAAUAGCUGCUUGUACUAAUCUUACAGAAGAAGAAAUUGGAGCAACCAAUAUUCUGCCUUGUUCUUUCGAUUCUGGUGAAAUUCAAACAGAAAAAAACAACAGUGAUGCAGAUGCAGCACAAGAGAGUUCAGUUUGCACUGAAGAUUAUUAUGAGAAUUGUGUGAAUGAAGAUGAUAAAGUUUGUCCAUUGAAGCCAAAACAGAGGGAGCAUUCUGUAGGCAUGCCCUUUUGUACAGUCAAUUUUAUUACUCCAGUAUCGACGAGUAGACCAUUUAUUGCUGAAUGUAAAGAAACUACAACUAAAGGAAAAGCAGACAAAAAGAUAUUUGAUAGAACAGAAACCAAGAAAGACCUAAAAGGCUUAGAUGGUUGUUCCUUAACAGAAUUCCCAGUGGAAGAUCUUAAGAUGCUUUUAGACAGUGGUGACGAUUUUGGUAGUUCUAAUCAAGAUACACCUCAUUCACCAAAACUAAACAAGCAUCUUCCAGAUAGAGGUAUUGCAAAUGAAUUUGCUUUUGAAAGAAAUGAAAACAAUAUACUCCAUGAGGAAGUUUCCUCUGCAAGUGAAGUUCUUAGCAAAAAAGACUGUGAGCUUAGUAUAAAUAACUUUCUGAAUACUGAAAAGGAUUCUGUCUCAUCACAAAUGAUACUGAGUCACAUGAACAUCCCUAAUAAUGAUGCGUGCAGUGAAUUCUGCAAAGCAAAACAAACACCACCAAGUCACAACACAAGUUGUGUAAACUCUCAACUCCUUUUAUGUAAACAGAUUAAUAACUCUCUUGAAGAAAUAUAUACUGACAAUACAUGCAGAAAUGAUGGGUUCUGUGAGCAAAUCAGUUCAUUUUACACAACAGAGAAUGUACCACCUGUGCAUGCUUCUUUGGACAAUCUUUUAGGUGAAAAUACUUAUAAUAACAAUGACGUCAGUGCCAACAAUUUGCUUAUAGUGGGGGAUUCUAAUUUAAGGGAUGAAAACCCAUCUAAAGACGCAAAUGAAAUGACAAAAACAUAUUCUGAUAAAGACAGCUCUGAACUAAGAGAAGAAAGUGUAUACAAGGUUUUGCUUCUCCAUGGUGAAAAUGUACAUGGAUCUCAGACUAUAGAUGUGACAACUCACCAAGUUACCAGAGAUGAAGAAAGUGAAUUGCAUACUGUUACAGAUAAACCAAUUAUCAUGGGUUGUGAUGUAGAGAACAUAUCAUUAAAAGAAAAGGAAGAGUUAUUAAAAAGUAUAGUUACAGAGGAAAUUACUGCAGAAGGAAACAGCACAGACAAAUCAUGUUCUUUACCCAUAAAGACAACUGAAUAUUCAAUACAGGGAAAUGUGAUGUCUUCUGUUAGCAUUGCAACUAGAGACAAAAUAACCAAGAAAAAUUCUGUAAAAGUAAACUUGCUUAUGGUGUAUCAAAAUGAAAUUCAAGGAGUGUGUGCUUCAGCUUCCAAACAGUUUUUCUCAAUGAAAGAAAACCCACUUUCACAAGAAUUAAAAAAUAGCCAGAAUUCAAAGGAAAUCGGUGAAACUAUGAACAUAUAUGCUGCUAUAAAAGAAGACUCAUUAGUUUCUAAUCACAAUAAUAGAGUUGCUGACACUUUGAAUACCGGAAGAAUCAAUCCAAGCCCCAAGAGAAAUCUCAGGGAAGAAUGGAAUGCAACAGCAAAGACUUUUUAUGAUCCUUCUUUUCCCAGAGAACACGUCUCAACAGAAUGCCCAUCUGGACCACAACAGAAGUCUUUUCAAUUGCUAUCUGAAGUCAAAGGCUCUAUUUUAAGUGAAAACACAACAAACACUGAAGAAAAAGAUUGGAAUUUGCAGAAUGUCUUCAUAAAAACACAAAUAAACAAGAUUGAAAGGUUUCUAUAUUCUGAAAGUCUCUGCCAGUCCAGAAAGAGAAAGCAUGAAGAAGAUUCAGAAAAGGCAAUAAUAGUAGAUUAAACUGAUGUUUGAUUGUUAUUAAAUGUGUUUUGAAAUCUGUACAACCCAAAGUAAUGUGAUGAGUAGUAUAAUAUACAAGAAAAGGCUGGUAUCUUUGCAGUUCAUAUGUCUAUUUUUUAAAAAAAGAGCAUCUUAGAAUAUUUUAUUUGGAAGUUACCAAUUCAAGAAGAGGCCAUAGAACACCACUCAUUUUUUA